AACUUUUUUCAUAUUUCAGGGGAAAAAGUUAAGGUGGACUAAAUUAGAUGAGAUUGAAUUUUGUGUGUUAAAAAGGGACAAAAAAAAGGACAAAAAAACAGCAAAAAGUUGCACUAUCCGACCUUUUUUUAAAUAAAAAAAAAUUACACAUUUUUUGAAAAUUGUUCUCUUCAUGAUCAAUUAUACUUUAUUAUAUAUAUAUAUAUAAGUCUCCCACUCAUACCCUAAUAAUUGUAUAAUAAUUCUCUCUACAAUUUCAAAAAAAAAAAAAAAAAAUUCUCUCCUCUUCUUCAUCUUCUUUUUCUUUUUGUCUUUUCAAAUGGAAAAUAGAUUUAAAAUGAAAAUUUCUAGUUUGUUUAAAUCAUCAUUUGGUUCUUGUAAGUCCAAGAAUAUUUCUGAUGAUAUUGAUAAUAAUAAAAAAUCAGUUUUUCAAACUCAAAACCAUCAACAUUAUCAAUUAGUUGAUCUUUUCUCUCCAAAACCAACUCCAUUUCCUUCCAUGUUUAGACAAAAAUGCCCUCAAAAUCCACUUUCGACCAGUGGCGUACGCAGAAAUUUUUUACAAGCAGCAGUAUCGGUCUAUUGUCACAAUACGACUUCGGAUACAAAUGGACAAAAAUGCCCUCCAGCAUCACCAAUUUUUCCUCAUGAUGAGUAUUCUCAAGAGAAUUGCAACUCUAAAUACUAUGAGAAGAAUUCCAAGAAGAAAAAUAAGAAGAAAAAAUUCAAGAAAAUGACAAAUUCAAAAAUUAAAAGAUUUACUAAUUUUGAUGAAGAAUUUGCUAAUUUUCAUUAUAAAGGUAUUUUUAGUAGUGAUGAAGAAAGUGAAUGUGAUGAAGAUGACAAUAAUACCCUUUUCUCAUCAAGGUCAUUUACAAAUUCUGAUUCAUCGGAAUAUUCUCUCCGGCGAAAACCGCGGCGGCGGAGGGCGGCGAAGGGUGGCGUAAAGGGCAGUCUUGCGGUGGUGAAGAAAUCAAAAGACCCUUAUGGUGAUUUUAGAAAUUCCAUGUUGGAAAUGAUUAUGGAAAAUCAAAUAUUUGGUGCAAAAGAACUUGAAAAUUUAUUAAAAUGUUUUUUAAAAUUAAAUUCACAAUAUCAUCAUGAGGUAAUUAUUGAUGUUUUUACUGAGAUUUGUGAAGCUUUGUUUUCUAGUUUGUCUUAGGAAAAAAAUAAUAAUGUAUUAUUAAUAUGUUUUUGUUAUGAAACUUUGUUGUUGUUUUUUAUUUAUUUUUAUAUUAAGAAUGAAUGAGUAGGUAAGCGUAAUGUUUCGAGUUUGAGUUAUGUGUAUAUAAAGUUAUAUUUGAUAUGAA